CCUGCCCGUGACUGCCUGCGGCGGCCGGCCGCAGUUCACCAGGAGCGACGCGCCAAGACCAUGCACCUGGGAGUCGCACUGCUGGCAGCCACCGCGCUGGUGGUUGCCUGCCACGGUGUCAAUGCCGCUGGGGAUGGAGAAACUUCGGGCCUUCUGUCAAAACUACACCGGGUAGCCCGCUCGCCGCAGGUGAUGAGUCCGCAAGAGAUGGCGGAGCGCGCUCGCGAGGCGGCGAACAUGGCCAGGGAUGCCGCCAAGCAGCACGUGGCGGAGAGGGGGAGGAACGCCCAGCGCGACGGCAACAUGCUGGGCCCGCUGGGCGACGUCCUGAACGGCAUCGCCGAGACGGUGGGGGGCAUCAUCGGCGUGGACAUCCCUCCGAUCGGCGGCGGAGACGCGGACACGGAGCCCAUGGACACGGUGUCGUCCAACCCGUCGCCCCCCACCACCGCCGCCCCCGCCGCCGCCAGGGCCAGCCGCACCGUCUCGUCCGGGUAGCAGCCCGUUUGCGCGAUGCCGAGGAAGGCACAAAGUUGGUACACUGUGUUAAAGAAAACCUUGAAAAACUCCCGGAGACGUCGCACGGAAGAAAAAUGCCUACGUUCUUCGGAAAAUUCCUAGACCUCCGUUGUUUUCAUCUUGAAUGAGUGUGAAAAAAAAUUCUUCAAAAAUCGAAGCUUCUAGAAAUUAUCGACGAAGCCUCAGGAACGCACUCCGUGGGAUUUUCCAACUUAUUUUUUAACCGUGUACGAGAUGUUGAAAAUAUAUGGUUGUCAUCCUCCAAGGCAACAAUAAAAAGCUUUUGCAAGCACC